AUGGACGAGGCAUGGGUAAAUGCCGUAGACUGUACUAGUAGAACAUGGGUCGACAAAACCGUUAUAUCGCGAAGAGAUGCUUUUUCUAAAGGCCUUUCGACUGGUCCUACUAACCCAAGCGGAAAAGGUAAACGGUUGAUUGUUGUCCACAUAGGAAAUGAAGACGGUUUCGUGCCAGGUGGUCUUUUGUGUUUUGAAUCGAAGAAAAACACAAAAGACUACCAUGAUGAAAUGAACGGAGAAGUAUUUUUUGAGUGGUUGGAAAGUGUAUUGCCACGUUUAAAGGACAACUCUGUAAUUGUUAUGGACAAUGCUCCAUACCACUCUGUGAAACUCGACAAAGCCCCAACCAGUGCGACCAAAAAGGCGGAUAUCAUAAAAUGGCUCCAGGACAAAGGAGAAGUUAUCGACAAACCUAUGGUCAUAUCUCAACUCAUGACAAUAGUUCGCAGAAUCAAACAUUUACAUGAUAAGUACGUAAUAUACGAAUAUGUGAAGCAGUAUAAUAAAGAUAUUUUACGUCUUCCUCCGUACCAUUGCGAAUUAAACCCCAUUGAAAUGGCAUGGUCAACUGUGAAAAAUCAUGUUAAAACAAACAAUACCACGUAUAAGCUCCCCGAUGUCCGACGUUUAUUAGAGGAAGGGCUGGACAAGGUGAAUGGCGUUAUGUGGAAAAAUUUUAUUAGACAUGUGAUGGGUGUUGAAAAUAAAUUUUGGGACAUGGACUUCAUGAUUGACGACAUGUUAGCAGAAAAAGAGCCCCUACUUAUACAGGAGGACAAAUUGUGA